AUGUACGGCACGGCUGAGUCUCAUCGUGCUCACGGAGAGGCUGAGAGUGACGAUGAAGACGAUUUCGAUUAUGAGAGGUAUCAAACGUCCAAAUUAGCGGACAGCCGAAGAGCUAAUAGUUUUGGUGGACCAGAGAUCCACUCAAAUCACGGAUCCGAUCUCAGAAGAACAGUCCUCAAGAACGCAGACAGACGCUUCUCAGUGACUGAUCACCAUUUCAGUUCAGAGAGGGGCCAUCAAAUGGGUUGUCCUCCUUGUACCAGCCCACCAUCUUCCGAACAAAGUGCAACAGACCUUCAAGGCAGCCAUGACAACCACUCUAGUGAGGUCACAGACCCACCAGACUAUCAAUUUCCUACUUCCAGCGGAUCCGAUGGUACACCCAUUGCCCAAGGUACCCUGAUACCCAUAGCUGGCAAGACGUACAAGCCCCGUCUCACACAUCUGAAGGAAGCGAUAUACAGGGCAAAGAUCGAGGCGCUUAGACCUGACCCCGAGCACGUAAAAGCUGUGGAGAAUAGCUAUAAAUACGACUACCGAAAAGCUACCGGUUAUGACUUGAAAUAUGCCACUCGAGAGAGAAAACAAACAGAGUUCGACAAGGUGGAAGAGCAAUUUUACAGGAGAUAUCCCGAGGCAGCAGAUAGGUAG